AUAGCGCGGCUUAGCACCACGCGACAAAAAAAAAGUACGGCGAUGGCGACGGCGAGGCUGCUUCUCCUCCUCCUACUGGCCUCCGCGGCGGCGAGCUGCAGCGCGUGGGACAUCAGCAUCCGGGUGCCGACGGAGAGGCUGGAGGACGAGGUGGUGGCGCCGCUAAUCCACGCGCUGCGCCCCCUGCUGGGCUCCGGCGCCGGGCAGCUCGCCGGCCUGCCCUGCGACAGCUGGAGGCUGGGCGUGGAGGCGCACAACAUCAUCGACUGGGAGACGGUGCCGGCCAAGUGCGAGGGCUACGUCGGCCACUACAUGCUCGGCGGCCACUACCGCCGCGACUCCGCCGUCGUCGUCGACGAGGCCGUCGCCUACGCCGAGACCCUCCAGCUCGCCGGCAACGGCAAGGAGGUCUGGAUCUUCGACGUUGACGAGACCACACUGUCCAACCUCCCCUACUACGCCAACUACGGUUUCGGAGCUAAGCCGUUCAACCACACAAGCUUCAUCAACUACGCAGCGGAGGGGACGGCGCCGGCGCUACCGGAGACACUGCGGCUGUACCAGCGACUGCUGGAGCUCGGCAUCAAGCCGGUGAUCCUGACCGGCCGGAGAGAGUACCUGAGGGACGCCACGGAGAAGAACCUCCGGCAGCAGGGCUACUCCAUGUGGGAGAAGCUGCUGCUGAAGCCGACGAGCGCGCUCCAGGCCGGAGCGGCGUUCAAGUCCGGCGAGCGGCAGAAGCUGGUGGACGCCGGCUACGCCAUCGUCGGCAACAUCGGCGACCAGUGGAGCGACAUCCUCGGCGCGCCGGAGGGCAGCCGCACCUUCAAGCUGCCUGACCCCAUGUACUACGUCAGCUAGGCUGGCGUCUCCGGCCGUCCGGCGCCGCCGGCCGCCGCUGCUCACGUAUAUACGUACGAGAUGUCCAUGAAUGAUGAAUCCGUUUAAUUUGUUCCCUGUUGCCUUUGUUGAUGCUUUGGUUGUCAUGAAGUGGUUGUAAUAAUCAUGGACGAAAUAAUAUAUGGAUCGUUUCCUUGAAA